AUGGCCUCCGAAGAACCAAUCGGGCGCAUGCCUACCGUCUCAGGCUUCAGGCUCGCAAAGCCGAUUGGUGGUGGCGGUUUUUCUGUCGUGUACAAAGCCAUAAACACUAACACCAACCAGGUCGCCGCCUGCAAGGUCAUUUCCAUCACUUCUGAGAUGGGCUCGUUGCAAAUGAACGCGAUCGACAAAGAGAUCAAAAUCCACACCGCCCUCAAGUACCGCCAUAUCCUCGAGCUCAUCGGCGCCGCCAAGUUGUCCCCCGAGCAGGCCGCCCGGGGCGGGUACCAUCCGGCUUACUACCUCCUGAUGGAGAUCGCUGCCGGGGGGGACCUGUUCGACAAGAUUGCGCCUGACGUCGGUCUCAAGGAGAACAUAGCGCAUUGGUACUUCACCCAAAUGAUGAAAGGCCUCAUAUACCUGCACGAACAGGGCGUAUGCCAUCGCGAUCUCAAGCCGGAGAACCUCCUGCUCGACGCUGCAGGGACGCUCAAGAUCAGCGACUUUGGUCUCUCUGCUGUGUACAAGAUCAAAGAGACUGGCCAGACGCGCAUGCUCAAGGAUCGCUGCGGCAGCUUGCCAUACAUCGCCCCGGAACUCGCCUUCUCCGACCCGUACGAGGCAGAGCCGAUUGACGUCUGGGGGAGCGGCGUGAUUCUGUACACAAUGCUGGCAGGGAACACCCCGUGGGAUGAACCGACGCGGGGAAGCCAGGAGUACUCUGGGUACCUGACCGGAGAGGCCUUCAACUUCAAUCCAUGGGCCAGGUUCUCUCGACCCGUCCUUUCGCUUGUUACCGGGAUGCUCGCAAUCGACCCGAAGCAGCGGAUGACGCUCGUAGACGUGGCCAUGGACAAGUGGACGUCAGCACCAAGCCCGUUCCAGAAUCAGGGCCCGCGCGCGAUCGCGGAGUCGCUCACGCAGGGGCUCCGCGAGAACCGGGACAUGUCGCUCGCUGGCCUUCAAGAAGGGCUGGACGUCAGUGUCAUCCCCGGGACAUACCUCUCUCAGUUUACGCAGUCCCUGAUGCUCUUCUCGCAAGUACCCGGAGCGACGCGUCCGCGGUACCUGAAGUCGCUCACGCGCUUCUUUGCGGGCCUGCAUCCACGCGCACUCUUGAUGCUGAUCAUGGACGCGCUGACGGAGUUGGGCGUGAAGUACAACCCAGCGAAGGAGCUCACCGCGGACCCGGACGACCCCGAUAGCCGCCCGCAGCUGCGGAUGCGGAUCGGGGGCAAGGACAGACGGAAGUUGAUCAUGAAGGGGUACGUGGAGAUUGAGGAGUUCGAGUUCGAAAUUGGGGACAAGCAGGCGCAGGGUUCGUUCGUUGUUUUCGACCGGGAUGUGGGAAACCCGUUGGAAUGGCGGCUGUUGUGGAAACUGGUCGCGCAGCACCCGCUGGUCGCGCCGCACGUGUUGACGAAGAGGCAGUUGGAGGGGCAGUGA